GAUUGAUCUGUUUGGUGCAGAUAGCCAGGUGAGAGACCAAGCAGACACCUCUGUACACAGCGCAGAGAACUAAGGGGGAAACAUGGCAUCACAAGGAAUCCAGAUACCGGCCAAUUCUGAAGUGCCGGAUAUUCCCUAUGGACUUGGAGUUUUUAGAAAGCUUCCAUAUGCAUUUAUAGUUCCUGAACUGAUACUUGGAGCAUGGGUUUGGAUCCUGGUUGCUGCUACUAGAGUAUUUUAUCCCCUUAGCCAAGGAUGGGUCAUGUAUGUCUCGGUGUCUUGUUUCUUAUUCUCUUUGCUGCUCCUGAUGGUCUACUUGUUCGGUUUCCACAGAAACAACUGUGGUACAUGGAGAUUAGUGGACGUUAUCUACCAUGGAAUUGCAGCAAUUUUCUAUCUCAGUGCUGCUGUCUUACAAGCUAAUGCUACAAUAAUGUGUGACACAGAAAUAGCAACAUGCUCAGUUGUAUAUUAUCACCUAAAUGCUGCAGCUACGAUUUUUGCUUUCUUGACAACACUGUUGUAUGUCCUACACAGCUUCCAGUCUUACGUUCACUAAAGGCUUCAAAGAAGACUCUUAGAUUAUUUUGUGAAUGUACAGAUUAGAUGGGAUUAAAGAGUUCUUCAAUGUGACAACUUGAAACUUCCUCAUCAACCCUAGAGUAUAUAUAAUAAUUCAUAUUGCCAUGGCCAAUGUAAAUGUCUAGAAUUCAGAAUGUAUAUUUUUCUAACGUUAUAUUAGACCACUGUUAAUAUUACAGUGGAAUGAACAUCCCCUCUUUGGGUGUUAACAGAGGUGGGGGUGAAUCCUUUGUUUUCUAAGGCAAGUAGGCCAUAGUAAUACCUCCUAAUCUAUGAGUUAGGUUCAUUCAUAGUAUAGACCAGGCUAUGACAGAUCCCUUAGAAUGCCAUUACACAUUUAUAGCAUUGUUACAUGAAAAGUUUACAUGACAUGAUUUUGUUUAGUAUGAGCACUGUUCGCUAUCUCCUGCUCUUUUUGAAAUGUUUAUUAUAUUUAUUUUUUCAUACUUCAUGCUCUUAUUAUGCUUUCUUCGGCUUAUGUAAUAAUAACAAAAAUGUAAUAUAUUUUUAUGACUUCCAAUUUUAUCAUGUACCAUCCUUGAAGGCUGUGAACACCUUCAGGGAGCAAUUUUUUAUUUUUCUGCAUUUCACUCAUUUUGGGUUUUUAAAAAAUGUUCAACAGUUUUUCCUGUACAUCUUUCAGUUUCUAUUUAUUAGCAGACUAGCAAGCUUUUUUUUUUUAAUGUGAAUCCCGUCACAGAACUUCUCUGUCCGCGCCAUGUGCAGCCCUUAUCUCUGAACUCCUGACAGCUCAUAAACAUUCAUUUUUGCUAAAUCAUUAUCAGCUUGCUAAGAAUAUGGUUUAAAUUAGUGUUUAUCGGCUGUCAGGGGUUCAGAGAUAAAGGCUACACAUGGAGCCUUCAGAGCUGUUGUCAGACAGAUUCAGUGUAAAACAGAAAGCAAAUCAGCCUGCAGAUAUACUGAAAGUGAAGGCUGUAGAACAAAAACGUGUACAUUUUUAGUAAAGACCAAUUGAAAUAUAUGAUUUUUAACCCAAAAUGAGUAAAAUGCAAUGGUGUAAAAUGCCUCCAAAGUGGUUCAAAGCCUUUAUGAAGGGAAUAUGUCAUCAGUUUUAUUCUGCUGUAUCUAGGUGCAGGAUAAACUAUCAACAAAGACAUU